AUGAAAAAAGAGAUUCGGAAGAAAGAAUCAGACGGGAGCAACGACAACAUUUAUAUAAAUGAAAAUCGUCUCUUUGAAUAUGAGAGGGUGAGGAGGGAGUGCAAAAAGGAGAAGGAUGUUGGAAGGGUGGCAAAAGAUCCAGUGGGUCUCUCAGGAGGAUUGUUAGUAAUUUGGAACUAUGUCACAUUCAAUUUACUUAAAAACUUUUCUAGCAAAUGUUUUUUGGGCAUUAGUGUUGAGAAAGAAGGUGAGGUGAUGCAUAUUGUUAAUGUUUAUUCUCCUUGUAGUGCUUUAGGUAAGAAAAAGCUUUGGGAAGAUUUGUUGGCACUCAAGCAACAAACAGUUUAUCAAGCUUUUAAGAUUCUUGCAAAGAAUUACUUAGAUAUUGAGUCACAUGAUGUUUUGUUUCCAAUUAUUCAAAAAUUGUUGGGAGAGACUAAUAUGACACCGGCUGAUGUUGCUGAGAGUUUGAUGUCAAAGUCAUUGACCGAUGAUUAUGAGACUUGCUUCAAGACUUUGAUUCAAUCUCUUGAGAUUGCAAAGAAAAUUGCAGAGGAUGAAGCAAAGAAAAAUGCUGAGAAAGAUCAAAUGAAGGCAGAGAAAGAUAAACAAGAAUUGGCUCAAGAGGACGAAAAGGUGUAG